AUGCUGUGCGUUAGUAGUCCACUGAAAGUCGCCGGUGGGCGUGUGUUGAGUCGCACCCCCCAGAUGGCCAAUGUUGCUCUGUCGACUCAAUCUCAAUAUUUCUCUACCACCCCGAUCGUAUCUCAAGGGGCCACUCUUCUACAAGAUAAACAGAAUGGCUUUGGCUUUGCCCGGUCAAAUCCCAGACCUGCCAAGCCCAGGAUCAAGGGAGUGACUGAGAUCCGAGGCCCAUACUACUCGGUCAUGGGCAAAAGAUACCUGGCAGAUAUCCUCGAGACAAUGGGCAAUCAUGUGGAUGGCCUGAAGUUUGCGGGAGGCUCGUUUUCUCUAUUUCAGGAGAAAGCACUGCGUGAAGUGGUUGACCUAGCCCACGAGCACGGCGUGUAUGUCUCGACGGGUGGAUGGGCUGAGCACCUCCUCACACACCCUGAUUCAAAUGCAGUGUUUGACCGCUAUUUGAAGAAAUGCAAGGAUCUCGGGCUUGAUGUCGUCGAGUUGUCCUCCGGUUUCCUUUCAAUCCCCGACGACGACUGGCUCCGACUCGUCGACAAGGUCCACUCAUACAAGUUGGAAGCCAAGCCGGAACUAGGAAUUCAAUUUGGAGCCGGCGGAGACACCCCUGCCUCUGGCCUUGAGGCAAUUGGGACCUCUGAUCCUGGCAAGUUGGUCAACUUGGGCCAUAAGUUCCUAGAUGCCGGUGUGAAGCGAUUAAUGAUCGAAUCGGAGGGUAUCACCGAGAAUGUCAAAUCCUGGCGGACUGAUGUGGUGUCGAAGAUCAUGAAGGAGCUUCCUCCCGAGCGUGUGAUGUUCGAAGCUGCCGACCCCAAGGUUUUCAAUUGGUAUAUCCGGGAGUUCGGGAUUGAUGUCAACCUUUUCGUAGAUCACAGCCAGAUUGUGCAGCUAGAGUGCUUGCGGACUGGCAUCUGGGGCACUGCCACGACCUGGGGCAAGAUAGUGUCGUUCCGGCCCUGA